AUGGACGUAGCCCUUGAGGGAGCGGUUAGUGCAGAGCGGAGCCGCCCUAACCUAGGGAGGGUAGCAGGAGGAGGUGGAGGCCUUCCCUCCGGAGGUCGCGCAGGUGAAGCCCGACCCGCUUCCCAACCGGUCCUUCACCAGCAUGCCCCCGAGCGGCGGAGACCUACUCUCCCCGAGGCAGGAGGUCUUCCUCCCAACCCGGACCCCGAGGCGGGAGCGGAAGGACGCCCGAAGCGGUACUCCCUUAUGCAGGCCCCCGAGAGACGGUUACCUACCCGCCCCGAUGCAGUAGGCCUUUCCCCCACCUUGAGGCAGUCCAUCCAUGAGGGGGCUCGUUGUCGCAGUCCAAGUGAUUAUAAUCCACGUGAUCGCACUCAAACAUCGAGUACCGCAGUUCCGGUUGACGUAGUGACCUCAGGAAAAACGUGGUCGUCGGUGACAGCUAUCGAUCACGGUGCAGGUCGCGGGCGACAGGAGUCGUGGGUGUCGGUUUUUUUUCAGUCGCGGGCGACCGGUAGUCACGGACGACUGGAGUCGCGGGUAACGGAUAUUGCAGUCGCGGGCAACGUGAGUUGCGGGUGA